CCAAUCAUCGGCCACGUCAAAGGGAAGAGGCGGGCACAUCACCGGAAGUGUUUGUUAAAAAUCCCUCCAAUCAGAGGCUCGGUGUGGGAAGUUUGAAUUUUGCGUGGGCUCGGCUUAUAGGCGGUCCUGCUUCGGCGACAGCGGUCGCCUUCCAGACGGACCGAAUAGUUUUAGUUUGGUUGAGAUUUCACGCUAGAAGCUGCCUCAGGAUGUUUUCAUCACAUUUUGCCAGUCGACACAGAAAGGAUUUAAGUACUGACAUGAUUAGAACUAAAAUUGCUCAUAGGAAAUCACUGUCUCGGAAGGAAAACAGACAUAAGGAAUAUGAACAAAAUAGACACUUUGGUUUGAAGGAUGUCAACAUUCCAACCUUAGGAGGUACACUUCUUUUUGACUUACACGAGACAUCUCAAGAGCUUGUUCCAGAAAAGGCCAGUGUCAAGCCAAGAUCAGUGAAAACUCUGCUAGGUGAUCAACGGAAACAAAUGCUCCAGAAAUACAAAGAAGAAAAGCAACUUCAAAGGUUGAAAGAGCAAAGAGAGAAAGCUAAACGAGGAGUAUUUAAAGUGGGUCUUUAUAGACCUGAUAUGCCUUCUUUUCUUUUUUCAAACCAGAAUACUACAAAAGCUGAGCCAAAACAGGCUGUUCCAUCUUUUGUACGGAUGACAAGAUCAAAGGCCAAAGAGCAAAUGGAGCUAACUAAGAUUAAUAAUAGGAAUGAAGUUGGAGCAGCUCGACCUGGUCAAAGACAAACUUCUGAAAAGAAAGUGUUGGACAAAGAGAAUAAAGCUGUGCACCCUGAAAUACCCACAUCAGUGAGAAUGACUCGAUCAGCUACUCAAACAGCAAAGCAGAUUGCCAGAACAGCCUCAUCUACAAGAAAGCCAAUGACAAGAGCUACUGAUGAUAAUGAAGCAGAAAGAAAGGCAACAAAUCAAGGGAGACCUGCCAAAAAGAUAGAAACUAAACUUGACAAGGUCAUUUCUUUUCAAGUUGAUAGUGAAGAAAAUAAUUUGCAUUCACAAACCAGUGCAACAAAUGGAGUGGAUCCAGAAGGAGUCUUAUCAAAAAUGGAAAACUUGUCUGAGACAAAAACUGCAAAACUGAAAGGAAAGAAUUCCUUUGCACCUAAAGAUUUUAUGUUUCAGCCAUUAGAUGGUCUGAAGACCUAUCAAGUUACACCUAUGACUCCCGGAAGUGCCAAUGCUUUCUUGACACCCAGUUAUACCUGGACCCCUUUAAAAGAAGAAAUUGAUAAGACUCAAGAAGCAAGAAAAGAAAUUUUGGCACAAAAAUGUAAAACUUACUCUGCCAAGACAGUGCAUCAAGAUUCAAAUAAAUUACGACAUCCUUUGGAUUCUGUAUCAGUUUGGAAUAAAGAAAAUGUCUUAAGUAAAGAUCAAACUACUACUAAAAAUUCAAAUGACAUUCCAGUAAAAGAAGUCCCAUCACUUGAAAUAAAUGAAGAUCAAAUAUCUCAGCCACAGCAUGAUGUGCCAUUUUUCAGAAAUAUUCUCCAGUCAGAAACUGAGAAAUUAACUUCACACUGCCUUGAGUGGGACAGGAAGCUUGAACUGGACAUUCCAGAUGAUGCUAAAGAUCUUAUUCGCACAGCAGUUGGUCAAACAAGACUCCUCAUAAAAGAGAGGUUCAAACAGUUUGAAGGACUAGUGGAUGAUUGUGAAUAUAAACGAGGUAAAAAGGAGACUACCUGUACAGAUCUGGAUGGAUUUUGGGAUAUGGUUAGUUUUCAGAUAGAAGAUGUAAACCAAAAAUUCAACAAUCUGACCAAACAUGAGGAAUCUGGAUGGCAAAACAGUGAUAAUACAAGCAAAAAGGUCUUUCGGAAAAAAGUUGUCUCUGGUAUAGCAAGUAAACCAAAACAGGAUGAUGGUGGAAGAAUUGCAGCUAGAAAUCGCCUAGCUGCCAUAAAAAAUGCAAUGAGAGAGAGAAUUAAGCAGGGAGAACAUGCUGAGGCAGCAGCCUCUGUAAUGCCAAAGGAAGUGGAUAAAAUUGUUUUUGAUGCUGGAUUUUUCAGGGUUGAAAGUCCCGUUAAAUCAUUCUCAGGACUUUCUAUCUCUUCUGAACGUCUUUCCCAAAAAUUUAAAACACCUAAGUCUGUCAGCAAAGCUGUGUCUGAGAACAGGGCUGAGAUGGGCCUUGUAAAACAAACUACGUCACCAGAGAAUCCUGAUCCUCAGAGUACCAGAAAUGAACACGCUGAGAAGACUUUGCUUUCAGAUAUUCCUGAAAACAGGAACAGCAUAGAAGAUGCUCAGUGUCCUGGAUUACAAGGUUUAAUUGAAGUAAACCAUGAUGAAAAUAAAAUAAACUUUGAGAUGUAUUGUUUACCCAGUGAAAGAAUGAGUUUGCCUCUACUUGCUGGUGAAGUGGCAUAUGAUAUUAAUAUCAACAAAAAGGAAGAAAUUUCAGAUGUUGUGGAAGGAAUGGAAUUAAAUUCUUCGAUUACAGCACAGGAUAUUUUGAUGAGUAGUCCUGAAAAAUAUAUACCAUCACAAAAUAACAUCUCACAGGAAGAAGAAACUAAAACUUGUCAGUCAGUAUUAUGUGAUAAUAAAAGUCUCACUACUGAAUGCCAUCUUCUUGAUUCACCAGGUCUGAACUGCAGUAAUCCAUUCACUCACAUGGAGAGGAGACACGGAGAGCUUGCCAGACACAUUUCCUUUGGUGGUAACCUGAUUGUCUUUUCACCUCUACGGCCCCUCAGUGGAGAACAGCCAAAAGAAGUUUGAAUUUUAAAAUCAUUCCAAACAUUUUUCUUCAUAUUGUCAAUGCUGUGGUAUGUUCUUAGAUUAUCAAAAGGCUCAAGACUACUUUUGUUCGCUUCUAUUCAACCCAUCUAUGUAAUGUCGUACAGUGUUUUAAUAUUCAAUGUUCAUUAAAGUGUGUUUUAGAGACGAUACUGUUUCUCGAGGGAAAUGGGGAUAUUUUGUACAUUGACCAUGCAGAAUAAAAAAUGUACUGCACCUUGCCUCUCUUCUUUAAAAUGUAUAAGCUUAAAGCUAAGAAUACUUCCUCAGAGCUUAUAAACGCUCUUCAUCUUAAUCAAAAUGUAAUACUUAUCUUUGACAGAAAUAUCUGUAUCCUUGUGUACUUUAUUUUUAGUUUGAAUUUUUAAAUUUGUUGAU